AGAAAUAAUUAUGAGGUCAGACUUCGAUUGAGCUUUGAGCUAUCACAUCAAUGUCAACCUCGAUAUCCGAGUUUCGAACUUGGCAUUCACGCUUCAUGGACAGAGGUGACGGAACCUGACCAUCGCCACGAGCUUCAAUGCCGACUGUCUAUUCUUCGCCAUGGCUGCCACAGACAUGUGUUUGGCGAAGCCCGAACCAACAUUAUCCUUCACUCAGGGUUUUAUAGUCGGCCAGAUCUCCAUCGUCCUGCUUAUAGCUGCAUUCAUCAAAUUCUUCAUUUUCGGCGAUCGCCCUUCUGCUGAAAUAACGGCUUCGCUACGAGCAACGGAACGCCAAUCCAACACCCUCGCGCACAAACAAUCUCUCCUCACCUUGCGGACCGACAACCCCCGACAAGCACAUCCCACUCUGAAUAAGAAGAAGUCAAGCAUACUAAGGAAUCCGCCCUCCCUUACCAUCGGCUCGAUCCUCAAUAAAACCUACUACAAUGUCGACAGCCAUCAGCCCGAGUCCCUCGACUGGUUCAAUGUCCUCAUUGCGCAGACCAUUGCACAGUUUCGCAGUGAUGCUCAACACGACGAUGCCAUCCUCACCUCGCUUAUGAAGGCAUUAAAUGGCACAAGCCGCCCCGAUUUCUUAGACGAGAUCAAAGUCACGGAAUUGACACUGGGCGAGGAUUUCCCAAUUCUGAGCAACUGCCGCAUUAUCCCGGUGGACGAAGAUGGCCUGAGCCUUGACUUUGGUGAUAAUGGCGGAAAGCGGUUUGACCCUAAUAGCCCUAGGGCCACGCGGGAAGGAGCUCGGUUGCAGGCACGCAUGGAUGUUGACCUGAGUGACAUGAUCACAUUGGCACUCGAAACCAAGAUGCUUAUGAACUAUCCUAAGCGACUUACGGCUGUUCUACCCGUUGCCCUGGCAGUCAGUGUGGUCCGUUUCAGUGGGACUUUGUGUAUCUCGUUCAUCCCGAGCAACCCCUCGCAGUCAACGCCUACAAUGAUGGCAUUCAACUUCUUGGACGACUACAGAUUAGACUUAUCCAUUCGCAGCCUAGUCGGGAGCCGGUCUCGUCUUCAAGAUGUCCCCAAAAUUGCGCAGCUUGUCGAAUCGAGACUGCACAAAUGGUUCGAUGAUCGGUGUGUUGAGCCGAGAUUCCAAGAGAUUGCGCUCCCAAGCCUAUGGCCGCGCAAGAAGAAUACUAGAGGGGGAGACGAUGGGCUGGAGAGUACGAUGGCAAGCGUAAGCAAAGGGAAAGGGCGUGACGCAUCCAGAGACACCCGGGAUCCCAAAGAAGAGGCGCGGAAAGAGGUUGAACCCGAGCUGGGAGUUGGUUCAGAAAGAAAUCCAGAGACGGGAAGUCUCCGAUAUAGGAGAUCCAGGCUGGAUAGCAUUGGUCAGUUGAGCAUGCCGGGUGCCAUGCCGGGUGCCAUGCCGGGGUCCAUGCCCAGUAAUGCGGUUGAUAUGGAGACUUGAAGCACUGGGAACAGGACACGAUACAAUCUCAGGACACAUGCACGGGUCAUCAACACGACAGCUUGUGGGUACAUCGAAUCCGGCCUCCGCGCCUCGAUGGUAACCACGUGGAGAUUCCCAACUACGUUCAGCUUAUCUUCUUAGCAUUAGGUCUGCUGUCAUCUGACGAGACCGGGAAGCACCAUCUAUAGCAACUUUAUCUGGUAAGACCACUCAACCAGAAUUAGAAGAUGACUCCGGAGGUAUGGCCAGGAAAGCUCUGAAGCUCACAGGAUAGGAUGGCGCGUUCUCCAAAGAGCCACUGGCUACUCGGUCCAAUGGAACCCUAGCAUAUGCAAUACAUAAUCCAUCGAUAUAUACACCAGUUCAAAGUAUAGCACCUAGACUGUAAGCAUCAUC